AUGGCCAUCAUUACUGAAGAACCUGAUUCACCAAAAUCAUCCACCAAAAUAUCACCUCCAAAGCCUCACUCCACCUCUUCUCCAUCACCCUCUUCUUCCAGCUCAUCCGGUGCAAACCCAUUUCAAUUCUGGUUUUAUUUCACCCUUUCGGUAUCUCUGAUUACCCUUUUCUUCGUUUCUCUGCCUUCCUUCACUACACAAGACCCCAAGAAAUGGUUCCUGACCCUGCCGCCUAAUCUGCGACAGCACUACUCCAAAGGUCGGAUUUUUAAGGUACAAAUCACUCCCAAUCUUCCCCAAGUUGAGGCAUUUUCAAUUCAAGAUGGCCCAGUUAAGUCUGAUCAUAAAGUUCUGAUUGUUCAUGGGUUUGGGUGCAGCUCGUAUGCAUUCCGUGGGAUUGUUAAAGCUUUAGGUCUUAAAGGGGUUCAUGCCAUUGCUAUUGAUUUGCCGGGUUCCGGGUUUUCUGAUAAGUCCAUGACUGUGAUGGAAGAGAAUGUGGGUGGUGGUGGUGGGGGUUUAAGCGAGUUGUGGGAGGUUUAUAAUGAGAUUAAGGAAAAAGGUCUGUUUUCGGGUUUUGAUCAGCUAAUAGAAAAGGGGUAUAUUGAUCAUGAAGAGAAAAAGCUUCGGGUUUCGAAAAGAGAAGUUGUCAAGUCUAUUGAAUUAGGUACUGAAGAAAUGGGGAGAGUGCUGAGCCAGGUGAUCAACGACAUGGGAUUGGCGCCUGUGGAUUUGGUUUUGCAUGAUUCAGCUUUAGGCUUGAGUGCCAAUUGGAUAUCAGAGAACUCAAAGUUAGUGAGGAGUGUUAUUCUCCUAGAUAGUCUCCCAUAUAGGACAGCUUUGCCUCUCUGGGCAGUGGGAGUGCCAGUAUUGAGGGAGGUUAUUUUGGGUUUUGGAUUUGUAUUUGAGAGGGUUCUUGAAAAGUUUUGUUUAAAAUCAGUUACUAAAUCAGAGGCUGAUGCUUAUAGAGUCCUUUUGAAAGGAAGGGAUGGUGGGAGGUCGGCUGUUGAGAUGGGGAAGAGGGUGAAUUACAGUUUGGAUUUAUCCGAAUGGGCUCGUUUGGAUGAGGUGAAAGGCUUGCCAAUGCGAGUAAUCUGGUCUAGUUCUUUCCUCGAAUGGAGUCAGGAGGGCAGUUGGGUUGGGAAUGCAGUUCGUCAGGCUACAUUUGUUUCCCAUUCUGGUGGGCCGUGGGUACAGGAGGGUUCUGUUUCGGAGGAGAUAGCAGAAAGUAUUUAUGAGUUUGUUUCCUCAUUGCCGAAGGCCACUAGGCAAGCCGAAGAAGAGGCAACCCCGGAGCACAUCAAGAUGGUGCAGGAUGAAUCGAAAAGCAGUGAUCAUCAUCAGCACGUCCAUGGCAGUCAUAAUCAUCACGAUGGCCAUGCUCACACCCAUGCGCAUGCUGGAUAUGCUGAUGCAUAUGGGCUUGGUGAUGGAUGGACCAUCGAUUUCGAGUCAACUAUAUCUCCGAUGAACUCCAAUUUCUCCGCGCUGCUGUGUCAAGACACUCUCCGGGCCAUCCUUGAGAAACUCCCUUUGCCGGAUUUGGCGCGGUCGGCGUGCGUUUGCCGGCUAUGGAGCUAUGUGGCCUCUGACCGUGAAAUGCAGACCAGGGCUUUUAAAUCUCCCUGGAAAAUCAAGGACGUGAUUGGUGAUCCUAGCUCAGGUAGCUUUUGGAGGGACAAUGGUAUCUCCAAGUUCGCCAUUUCUCAUCGCAUUUGCCGGGGGGAUUCCGUUGUUGGCCUUGCUGUUAAGUACUCUGUUCAGGUAAUGGACAUAAAACGCUUAAACAACAUGAUGAGUGACCAUGGGAUAUACUCAAGGGAGAGGUUGUUGAUUCCUAUAAGCAAGCCAGAGAUUCUCAAGAAUGGGACAUGCUACAUUGAGUUAGACCCUUAUGCAAAAAGGGAAGUAGCUGUGCUUUAUCUUGAGGGGCGCCCUGAUAAAAAGCUUUUGAAUGUGUCAAACCGUUGGGUCUCUGAACAGGCUAAGAAAAAGGUGCUCGAAUCUUUGAGAAGGAGCAUGCAAGUUGAUGAUGGAACUGCUCAAUACUACUUAUCUAUUUCUGAUGGAGACCCUCGAGCAGCGUUGACACAAUUCUCAGAGGAUCUCAGAUGGGAGCGGCAAGUUGGGUUUACUUGA